CAAUGGUCCUACCUGCUGGACCUUAGUGUGCUAUCAGAAUUGCUUCACUGCCCCUUUGAUGAUCUUGUCCUUCCUGUACCACACUGUUAUAGGUACUUCUAAGCCAGAGCUGAGGGCUGGACCUAGGAUCUAAAUUUAGGAUUUAGUCUAGACUUCUACUGGAUUUAAUAACACUGGGUACUGGAUUUUAAUACGUGUUCUUUGUCUGUGGUAGGCAUCAGAGCUACAGAAAUUGUCCUGUGAGAGAGAAACAGCGGAGUUUCCCAUGGGCCGUGGGGAAGCAAAUGUGAGGGUGUACGCAAUUAUCUCACCUCUCCAAGUGCAAACUCUGUGGUUCUUGUAUAAAACACUCAAAACCCAAUUCUGGUUUUGUUUACACUAGUGUAAACUCAGAUGGUGCUGGAGCAUGUCACAGGCUGCCGCUUGGGCCCUGCUCUUUCUCAGGUUCAGAAGCCUGUGUUUACCUACUGCUUGUCUGUGAGUACAUUUCGUAGUUUAAAACUCAGUAUGUCCACGAUGCAUUCCAAAAAUCCACUGCUGCUCAACUUGCCAAGCAGUAAAAUUAGGAUUUAUGAAGCAAACAGGCCCACAAAGUAAAAAAGUUCAAGAUUUUUGUAAUCUAUAUGAACUACUAUUGUAUUGUUGGAGGGGUGUUGGUUCUAACUGCAGCCUGCAAUGCCUCAUAUGCUUUAUUUUAAAUAUAGAAUUGAUUUUAAAUAUAGGAAGUUCUUGAUUAUGUAAAAUUUAAUUCAAUCAAGUGUUUAGAAAACCAUUAAGUAGGUUAUAAAUAGAACAGUUUUUAAAGCUAUGUCCCUGUGGCCAUCUGUAUGCUGUGGUUGUUGAGGCGGGAGGAAGGGUAUUGGGUGGGGUGUUUUGUAGAGGAGUGGUUUGGGUUUUUUUGGUGUAACACAAUAAAAGGACUUUUCAGUUGAGCAGCCAUCUCCUUCUGCAGAGGAAACUUGCAGGUUAAUGUUUAUGCUUGUUUUAGUCAUCAGAGGUGAGGUGCACAAUAAUGGCCAGCCUGUGUUUCUACAAUUGGAGGAUAUUUCUCAUGAUGAAGGAAGUCUCCAAGGUCAGCAGCUACAAUACCCGGAGAAGUUACAUCACAAACAUCACAGGCCCACAGCUGCACCAGGCUGCUCUCUCCCCACCCCUUCCCCCCGCCUUUUCUUUUUGUACACUCUAUUUCAGCUUAAGUGUUGCUCACACCUCUUGCAAGUAUACCGUGGAUUUGAUUUGGGCUUGUGUUUGCUGUGUUAUUUAACUGUUAAACACCUUCCCCCCAAAAAAACCCCAAAACCAAACCUGAAUGAGUGUUUUUGAAAAAAUCUCACUAUAGUUCUCUGAUAUCCUGUACAUUCCCAAAUUUAGUUUGUCUACUUCUGUUUUUGCAGUGAGAAUUAUGUUGUACUGUGAUGAUAGUAGCAGCAGCAGCACCUCCUGGAUCUAGUCUGGGCCUGUGCAUUUUACCUCUUGUCAUGUGAUGAGAGUGGGCAUGACAGCUCACACCUCUCUGUUGAGCUGUGUAUAUGUGAAGAAGAAAACUUUGGGCUAUUUUAGCAAAAUCUGCAUGAGGGAAAAGAUAAAAGGCUAGAUCUUAAUUUUUAUAGGUCCCUUUGUAUCUCUCUUUACUAUGCGAGUUAAUCUUACUGGUACAUGUAGUUCUGGAAACUCCUGAUACAAUCUGUUUCUCUCUUGGUACUUUUGUGUGUGUUUCUGUACAUGAUAUUUCAGUGCAAGGACUGUCUUUUAUAAUCCUGCUUUUUUAAAGUAGUAUUUUUAACCAGUGGUUCAGCUAUUACCAAGCUCCUUACCAAAUGGCUAUUAAUCUAAAUUCAGCUUGUCUUAUAAUGGCAAGAAUAAGGACACUCCUUAGAAGCCUACCUGUUAAUUUUAUUUGUUUUCUAACCUCCUGGUGAGGUUUGCUGUUGUUCCAUCAAAAGGACAGCACAGUGAGAGAUUGCUCUGCAUGCUCCUCAUUGCUGCAGACCUUAUUCUGUUUAUACCCAAAACUCUGACUCAGUACUGUUGAUGUCAGCUCAGUCUUUCCCUGGCUUCAUGUUGUUCUGAAUCAGUCUAUAAACCUAAAAUUCAAAGCUUCUUCUAACAAAGAAAACAAAACCUUUUUUCUUCAGUUCUCAACAGAACUUGUGUUGUGGUUUAAGCCUGUUGUUCACGUCUAAUCAUGUUCACCAGUGAUCAUUUCAAGCAUCAUAUAUUAGAGUGAAAUUACCUAGUAUUCAAUGUUUCCUUGAUUGCGUUUGGUUCAUCAACAAUUACUGCAUUUAAAAAGGGUGGUGGCGUUCUGCCGUCCCUGCUCCCUCGCUCUGCAAUUGGGAAGGGUGGUUAGGAAGGGUUGUAAACGUCAUCCAGGUAGCUAAGGUAAUCCCUGGUAUUUAAGGAGGUGAGAAUAAACACUGGUCUUCUUUUAGGUGUGGACAGGUAUGAGAUUGACUAGUCUGAUCCGGCCUAAGGAGAGUUUGUAAAGCUGAGGACAUGUGUUUUGGAAGGUGUGCUAGAUGUGUUGGUUAUAAGUUGCUCAUCCUUGCCCUGCUCUGCAUCGUGGCCAACAUUUUACUUUAUUUUCCCAAUGGCGAAACAAGAUUUGCUUCAGAGCAUCACCUUGGCAAAUACGUAGAGUGCCUUCAUGGCAUUCUAGGUGGAGGCUUUCUGGUACUCAUUCCAGCUGCAGUGUUCAUUGGGCUGCACAACGGGGACUGCUGUGGCUGCUAUGGCCAUGGGGGCUGUGGGAAGAGCUGUGUGAUGCUGUCCUCGGUUCUGGCAGCCUUUGUUGGGAUCCUUGGCUCUGGAUACUGUAUAAUCAUUUCAGCACUGGGCUUGUCUCAAGGACCAUAUUGUUUUACCCACCUACAGAGAAACUGGAUCUAUCCUUUCACUGAUUCCUCUGGAGGGUACUUGUUUGAGUAUAACAAGUGGUCUGAAUGUCAAGAACCUCAAAACAUCGUGCAGUGGAAUGUCACCCUCUUUUCCAUCCUCCUUGUCUUGGGAGGAAUAGAGUUCAUUCUGUGCUUCGUACAGCUAAUCAAUGGCAUUCUUGGAGGACUGUGUGGGUUGUGCAGUCACGAGGAGACAUAUGUUUGCUAGAAACCUGACAAUGCAUUGACGUCGGUGGGUGUGUGUAUAAUGUAAUGAGCAUUCUGUGGAUUUUUUUUAAACAUUCCAUGCAUACUGAAAUACACAUUGUUGUCAAACUGUGCUGUUGCCAUCAAUUUAACUGACUUGGGGCCAGCCUUUGUUAUUGGAGUCAUAUGCAGGUUUGUCACUAACCUGCCUGUACUUAAAGGCAAAAUGUAUGCUGAAUUUCUUUGGUUCAUUUUAUCUUAGUACAGGCAGUUGCCUGAACACAUCACUAAAGAGGCUUUAUUUAUUUUUUUCUUUAUACUGACACAACGGCUCUGUACUUUAUCUCGCUUUCCCAAUAAAGUUGCUCUUUCAUUCUGAUCUUGGAAUGAACCCAAACCAAAUCUAGUCUGGCCUGGAUAUAAAUGAAUACUGGGGUUUGGGUAGAUACAUGCACUUCACCUUUUCAGGAUUUUUCUGAACUUCCCCUGUAUUUCACAAAUAAAGAUUUGUAUUAAAAAUA